UGUUUACUGGAGUGCAAGGUGUGAUUCUGCACGUUCAUGUGCAAAACAAGUGCUUGAUUACUGUGUGUGAGAGCGAGAGAGUGAAAGGUGUGCGGGCUCUGUGGAGGGCAGAAUCCUGGAUUUCCCAGAGAUGGAGGGUCAUGGUUAUGACCGGUUUGGAGACAGCGAGAGGGACGGUUACCAGAUUGACUACAGAAGGAUUGUGGGAGACAUGGAGCCUUCAUGGCCUCUGGUCUCAAACAGAGAUGGAGAGCAGCCUCAUUCCUUCCUGGCUCAGGCCCACCCAACAUCACAUGUGCACGGGCAUGAGACUGCAGCCCAGAGAUACAACAACACACGUAUCCAAGCUGGAUAUGAACCAGAGAGUGACUUCCUCAUUCUCCCUGGUUUUAUUGAUUUCACUUCUGAUGAGGUGGAUUUGACGUCUGCACUGACGAGAAAAAUCACCCUGAAGACGCCGCUCAUUUCGUCUCCCAUGGACACAGUCACAGAGUCAUCCAUGGCUAUUGCCAUGGCACUGAUGGGUGGGAUUGGAAUAAUCCAUCAUAACUGCUCCGCUGACUUCCAGGCCAACGAGGUCCGGAAAGUCAAGAAAUUCGAGCAGGGCUUCAUCACAGAUCCGGUGGUGAUGAGUCCUUGUCACACAGUUGGCGAUGUGUUCGAAGCUAAAAGACGACACGGUUUCUCUGGGAUCCCAGUGACAGAGACGGGGAAGAUGGGCAGCAAGCUGGUCGGCAUAGUGACGUCCAGAGAUAUAGACUUUUUGUCUGAGAAGGACUAUGACAAACAUCUGGAAGAAGUUAUGACAAAAAGAGAAGAUCUGGUUGUUGCGCCUGCUGGAGUUACACUAAAAGAGGCGAAUGAGAUACUGCAAAGAAGCAAAAAGGGAAAACUCCCCAUUGUUAAUGACAACGAUGAGCUGGUUGCCAUUAUUGCCCGAACUGACUUGAAGAAGAACAGAGAUUACCCUCUGGCUUCCAAAGACUCUCGCAAACAGCUGCUGUGUGGCGCUGCAAUCGGUACCAGGGAGGACGACAAAUUCAGACUGGACCUCCUCAUCCAGGCUGGGGUGGACGUGGUAGUCCUGGACUCUUCCCAGGGAAACUCAGUGUAUCAAAUCAACAUGAUAAACUACAUGAAAUCAAAGUAUCCUGAUCUACAAGUGGUGGGAGGAAAUGUGGUGACAGCUGCACAGGCUAAAAACCUCAUAGAUGCUGGUGUGGAUGCUCUGAGGGUCGGCAUGGGCUGUGGCUCAAUCUGCAUCACUCAGGAAGUGAUGGCAUGUGGACGGCCCCAGGGUACAGCUGUGUACAAGGUUGCAGAGUAUGCCAGACGUUUCGGAGUCCCAGUCAUUGCUGAUGGAGGCAUUCAGACUGUGGGACACGUGGUCAAAGCGCUCGCUCUGGGAGCAUCGACAGUGAUGAUGGGGUCUUUGCUAGCAGCGACCACUGAGGCUCCAGGAGAAUAUUUCUUUUCAGAUGGUGUGCGCCUUAAAAAGUACAGAGGAAUGGGCUCCUUGGAUGCGAUGGAGAAGAACAACAGUCAAAAGCGCUAUUUUAGUGAGGGCGACAAGUUAAAGGUGGCUCAGGGAGUCUCAGGAUCAGUACAAGAUAAAGGCUCCAUUCAAAAGUUUGUUCCUUACCUCAUUGCUGGGAUCCAACAUGGCUGCCAGGACAUCGGAGCCAAGAGCUUGUCCAUCUUGAGGUCCAUGAUGUACUCAGGCGAGUUAAAGUUUGAGAAGAGAACCAUGUCUGCACAGAUGGAGGGGGGAGUUCAUGGCCUCCACUCAUAUUCUUUUGUGCCAUUUGCAAGAAGCGACUUUUCUGAAGCAGGAGGAGGAAGAGGAAACACACGAUCCGGGCCUAAUGUCCCAUCCCCGGCUGCUACGAGCAGAUGCAAUGGACGCAUGUGAUCAGAACCA